GGGUUCUGGGAGAAUGGGGUCAGGGGGUAAGGCAGGCUAUGGGGAUGGCUUGGAGGGUUCUGGGAGAAUGGGGUCAGGGGGUAAGGCAGGCUUAGGGGAUGGCUUGGAGGGUUCUGGGAGAAUGGGGUCAGGGGGUAAGGCAGGCUAUGGGGAUGGCUUGGAGGGUUCUGGGAGAAUGGGGUCAGGGGGUAAGGCAGGCUAUGGGGAUGGCUUGGAGGGUUCUGGGAGAAUGGGGUCAGGGGGUAAGGCAGGCUUAGGGGAUGGCUUGGAGGGUUCUGGGAGAAUGGGGUCAGGGGGUAAGGCCGGCUAUGGUGAUGGCUUGGAGGGUUCUGGGAGAAUGGGUUCAGGGGGUAAGGCAGGCUAUGGGGAUGGCUUGGGAAAUUCUGAAAGAAUUCGGUCAAAGGGUGAAGCAGGUCAUGGGGACGGCUUGGGGAGUUCUGGGAGAAUGGAGUCAGGGGGUAAGGCAGGCUAUGAGGAUGGCUUGGGGGGUUCUGGGAGAAUGGGGUCAGGAGAUGAGCCCGGUUAUAAGGAUGGUUUGGGGGUUUCUGGGAGAAUCAAAUCAGGGGGUGAGGCAGAUUAUAGGGAUGGUCUGGGGGGUUCUGGGAGAAUCGGGUUAGGGGAUGAGGCAGGUUAUAAGGAUGGUUUGGGAAGUUCUGGCAGAAUCUGGUCAGGGGGUGAAGCAGGCUAUAGGGGUGAUUUGGGGGGUACUGAGGGACUGGGGUCAGGAAAUGAGGCAGAUUAUAGGGGAGGCUCAGGGGUAUCUGAAAAAAUGGGGUCAGAAGGUGAGGUGGGAUACAGAGAUGGUUCAGGGAGUUUCAGAGUAACAGGCACACAGGCUGGAGUGGGGGAUGAGGGUGUACCCAGAGACCAAGAAGCCAUAGGGCAAGGGUCAAGAUACUGGACAGCGUCAGAAGGGGCUGAUGGUGGCACAAACUCCAAAGAUGGCUCAGAGAGGGGCAGAGGAAUGAGGCUUUUGAAAGGGGCACAUCCAGGACUGGGCUCUAGGACGACGGGGAUGCCAGCAACUACAGAUGGUGCAGCAUGCAGGGACGACCCUUCGGGCGCAGGGGUGUUGGGGAUUCAAGGAGGGUCACAGAGUCUUUCAGAUGGGCAGGACUCCAGGAAGGGUCUCGGGGGCUCUGGAACCUCAGGGGUCCCUGAGGCGCCGGGGGCUGUCGGCUCUAUGGGAAAAUCAGGUGUCAGAGAGUGGCAAGAUGCUGCUGGAAUCCCAGGGUCUCCUGGGGGCAGAGAGCCUCCCAGUAGGGAGGGUGGGUCUGCAGAUCAAGCAGGGGGUAUGGGGGCUUCUGGGUUUCCUGAUGGUCAGGGCGCAAUGGAGGGUGAGACCUGGGCAGAUGUGGCUGCUCUGGAAUGUGGACAUGAGCAGGACUUCUGGAAAGCAGGCUCAGGAACAUCAGACAGGGGUAGAGCAGCUGGCCUUGGGGGAUUUGCACCUCGGGGAGGUGGGGACUCACAGGUGGAAGGCAGAAGGAUGGGAGCUGCAUGGAGGGGUUCAGUGGGUACAGGCCAGGUUCUGGACAGCAACCGGAUGCCUGGGGAAAGGAAUAAGUCAGCAUCAGGUUCUGCUGAUGGACAAGGUGUAAGCCACACUGGGGCCCUAGACAGGGAAGACCAGGGAUUUGGCCAAGGUAGCACAGGUGCUGGGAAUCAGUCCCCAGGUUCCAGAGCUUCCAGAUCUCUGCAGGAGAAAGAUCCCACUUUCAGUGGGACCCAUGAUGGCUCCAGGAGCAGGAAGGGUGCUCCGGGCCAAGAAGGAGCUGGUGGGCAUCAAGGCCCAUGGUUCCUGGAUAGCAAAGGGUCAGGUCCUGGAAGGGGCAGGUCUAUUGGCCCAGGGGACUCAGGUGUCCUGGAGGAAGAGAAUUCCACUUAUCGGGAGAAUGGCUUCACCCAAAAACCUGGGGAUUUAGGGCCUCAGGGAGCCUGGAAUAGCCUAGAUGGGCCCUUUGGCAAAAAAGACUCUGUAGACAGAUCAGGGGGCAUCCAGGGCAUGGGCUUUCAGCUAGACAAAGGACAUAGAGGAGAAAGAGGGUCCCUGGAGGCUGAGAAUGACAAGGCCCAGGGUCCAGGUGCCCAAAAGGAAUAUGAGGGAUGGGGAGCAGAAGAGUGUGGUGGGUCAGACAGAAGGCCUGGCCAGCUCAGAAGCAGGUCUCUGAGACAGUCAGGGGUGCAGGCUGGGACAGCAAAGAGAAGGGGAGCAGAGGAGGGCAGAGGCUUGGGGCAGCCACUGGGAGGAGACAGCAGAGGGAGCGGAGGGGUGACUCUGCACGAAGACUGGAGCCAAGAGCCCCCAAGUCAUCUUGGCAGCAGGAGAGGUGGCAAGGACAGCAGGUCAGACAUCUAUGGCCAGGGGAGGGAUGCCACCCUGAGUACCAGAUCCAGAUCCAAGCGUGGCACUGACGCUUUCUCCAAGGAGGCCCAAGGCCCCAUGAGCUACUUCUCCAAGAGCCUGGCUGACCUGGAAGUACAGCAGGGAGAGGCCGCUGUCCUCUCCUGUACCCUCACCCGUGACCUGGGCCCCGGUGCCUGGUUUAAAGAUGGAGUCAAGCUCGGCGCCCAGGAUGGAGUAACUUUUGAGCAAGAUGGUCUCGUGCACAGGCUCCUCAUUGCCCAUGUGCAGGGGCCCCAGGCUGGGAGGUACACCUUUGUAGCCGGCAACCAGCGGAGCGAGGCCACCCUGAGUGUCCAUGAUCGCCCCGUCAUCGCUCCAGAUGUGACAGAGAAACUGAGAGAGCCCCUGGUGGUCAAGGCUGGGAAGCCGGUGACAGUGAAGAUCCCCUUCCAGAGCCACCUCCCAGUUCAGGCUGCCUGGAAGAAGGACGGAGCUGAGCUGGUGGGCAGCGGCGGCAGCCGGGGGGUCCAGGUGGCCCUGGGGGACGGCUUCACUCGGCUGUGCCUCCCUAGCGCUGGCAGGAAGGACCGUGGCCAGUACAGCGUGACGCUGAGGAGCGAGGGAGGCUCCGUCCAGGCCGAGCUCACCCUGCAAGUUAUAGACAAGCCCCAGCCCCCACAAGGUCCCCUGGAGGCACAGGACUGCCAGGGGGCUGGUGUCUGCCUCCACUGGCGGCCUCCCCAGGACGACGGGGGCCGGGCCUUGGAGCACUACGUGGUGGAGAGGCGGCAGGCUGGCAGAAGCACUUGGCUGAAGGUGGGCGAGCCCCCCGCAGGCACCACCACCUUCACCGAUACCCACGUGGAGCAGGGCAAGAAAUACACCUUCCGAGUGCGGGCUGUGACCUCUGAGGGGCCCGGGGAGGCCCUGGAGUCCACAGAGGUGCUGGUGGCUCCCGAGGCUCUCCCCGGGCCCCCUUCCACCCCAGCCAUCCAGUCGGCCUCCAGCCAGGGCAUCACACUGACGUGGACGGCACCUCGGGGCCCCGGCAGUGCCCACAUCCUGGGCUACCUGAUCGAGAAGCGCAAGAAGGGGAGUAACACCUGGACAGCAGUAAAUGCGCAGCCCGUGCCUGGCAGGAAGUGGACUGUGGUGGACAUGCGGCAGGGCUGUCAAUAUCAGUUCCGGGUCACGGCUGUGGCUCCCUCUGGCCCCGGAGAGCCUGGACCCCCAUCAGAUGCUGUCUUUGCUCGGGACCCCAUGAGUUCUGAGCAGGUCAGCUCUCAAGGACUCAUUCCAGUCCUAUAACUGUCCGCCCACCCCAGUGAAGGGUCGUCAUCUCUGUGGGGCAGGGGGGAGGUCACAGUGGAACCUCACCAUUGACUCUCCAAACAGCAGAUAUUUGCCCUUCAAGGUGGCUAACACUGUGCCCGCAACUAGGUAAAUAAAUCCUGGUCUCUGCCCUUGAGAAACAUUCAGCCUCGAACAGCAUUUCCCUGUCUGUGAUUUCAGACCUCCAUGCACAGAGAGAUGUCAGAGCAUCAUGAUGUUGAGAACAACACAGACAGCCAAAAAGUUCUGUGAUCAAAGAUGUUCAUAACAACAACCACCACCACCACCACCACAACCACAGAUAUUUAUAACAUCUAGCCUCUGAUAUUUCCAAGUCCUACAGGAAAGGGUCCUGUUCUAGUUUGAGCCAGAUUUCCAAAAUUUGAGGAGAGAAUACCUUUUCCACAAAACACCUAUCCAAAACCUCACCCCAAGACAUACAAGUUGGAAGACGCUCCUUUGUAUACCUCUUAUGAGCCUCUUAUCCCCUUAUGAGUCUGCUAAUGACAAGCCAUGGAGGGAGCGGCACAUUUCUGGCACCUCCUGGGUUGGCCAGGUGGUCCACACCUUGAGAGUACUUUUGUAUCCCCACAGGGCACACACGGUAGGUGUCAGGUCUGUUGAAAUGAAUCCAGCAGGAACAGAACUUUGUACAAGUUGAAUGGACCCAGUGGCAUCUAAGUUUUAGUCCUAGAAAGGGCAGAGUGUGGAGUGGAGGGGAUGAGAGGGGGAAGAUUUUAUCCCUUGCAAGUGGACCAACCCCGUCCUAGUUUAUCAAUCUCUCUCCCUCUCUCAUCGCUACUAGGGAAUGGAGACAGCAAGCAGCGUAAGCAGCGCCCCACAUUAGCCACCCCAGUCCCUACCUGUCCUAGACCCUUGCUACGAAGCAUGGUCCAUGGACCAGCAGCAUUACCUGGGGACUUGCUAGGAAUGCAGAAUCUCAGCCCUCACCCAGGCUGCCGAAUUAGGAUCUGUAGUUUUAACCAAAUCCCCAGGCAGUUUGUAAACAAAUUCAAGUUUGAGAAGCACUGCCCUAGCCCAGAUUUGGAAACACGUGGACAGCUCUUAAAAAUCCUGCUGCCUGGGCUGCACCCCAGACUAAUGAAAUGCACGUUUCUGGGGGUGGGAUCUAGGCAUCAGUGUUUAUAAGGCUCCCCCUACAUGAUUCCAGUGGGCAACCAGGUCUGAGAGAGACUGCUGUGCAAUUCACAGAGCCCUUUCUUUACACACAUCACAACCCCUGUGGGUGCAUAGGGCCUGUUAUUUUCCUUCCCAUUUAACAGGUGAAAAGUAAGCAUGGACUGAGUGCCCAAAAGGUGGUCUUGACUAACUUAGAGGUCAGAACCAAAAGAUAGAAUUCUAGCCUUCAGGGAUCUUGGAGCCCAAGAGGCCAUCAACGAAAAUACCCCAUUCCAGGAAAUACAGAAGGGCAGUUAGGGGAAGUGGGUUGGCAGGUGGCUGAAUGAGUGGACUGAGGUGGGGAAAGCUUUCUGGAGCAGGUGACCUGGGAUCUGUGGUGCGUAGCUGAGGCAGAGUAUAGGACAGAGUAAGAGUGUGGUUCCAGGUACCUGCUCUAGGGAAGUCUAGGGGCAGAAUCCUUAAGUGAAAGAGAUACCCAGCCUCCCGCAUGAAAACUAAUGAAUAUCCACACUGAGUGGCCUCCCUCAAGAGAGGGUGAUGCCGUUCCUGACAUUCCCGUGGUAC